AUGCCACCUCCUCUCUUCUUCCUCCUCCUCUUCCUUACCCUAAUGGGAGUACGACCUCAGAAGCCACUAGUAGUGAAGGUGGAAGAGGGAAGUGAUGCUGUAUUGUCGUGUCUCCAGAACUCUUCAUUUGCCCCCUCUAAGAAGUUGGCCUGGUAUCGCGGAAACCAGUCAGCACCCUUCUUGGAGUUGGGCAUAGGGUCACCAGGCCUGGGCCUACAAGUGGGGCCCCUAGGCAUCCUGCUACUCAUCUUCAACGUCUCAGACCAGAUGGGUGGCUUCUACUUGUGCCAGCAGAGGACUCCCUUCAGUACCUGGCAGUCUGGUUGGGCAGUGAAUGUGGACAACAGUGGGGAGCUGUUCCGUUGGAAUGUUUCAGACUUAGAGGAGCUAGGCUGUGGUCCAGAGAACACGUCCUCAGAGGGCCAUAGGCCCUCUUCUGGUCACCGCACCAGCUCCUGGCUAUAUGUGUGGGCCAAAGGCCAUCCUAAGGUCUGGGGGACAGAGCCUGUCUGUCUCCCACCAAGAUCCAGUCUGAACCAGAACUUCAGCCCAGACCUCAAUGUGGCUCCUGGCUCCACAUUCUGGCUGUCCUGUGGGGCUCCUCCUGCCCCGAUGGCAAGAGGCACCCUCUCCUGGACCUAUGCGCACCCCAAGAAGACUAAUAUUUCAUUGCUGAGCCUGAACCUUGGGGUAGAGCCCCCAGUCAGGGAGAUGAGGGUCCAGGGGUCUCUUCUGCUGCUACCCCAGGCCACAGCUCAAGAUGCUGGUACCUAUUACUGUCUCCGUGGCAACCUGACCAUUGAGGUGCAUGUGAAGGUCAUUGCACAGUCAGGUAUAUGGCACUGGCUGUUAAAGACCCGUGGAUGGAAGGUCCCAGUUGUGACUAUAGUUUAUCUCAUCUUCUGCGUGGGUUCUCUGGUGGUUUUUCUCCUUCUUCGAAGAGCCCUGAUUCUGAGGAGGAACAGAAAGCGAAUGACAGACCCGACUAGGAGAUUCUUCAAAAUGACACCUCCCCCAGGAAAUGAAGCUCAGAACCAAUACGGGAACAUGCUGUCCCUUCCCACGUCCAUACCCAGCACUGGACGUGCUCAGCAUUGGGCUGCAGGCCUAGGAAGUGCCACGAGGUCAUACAGAAACCCGCACGUUGACGUCCAGGAGCCAGGAGGCACCGGGUCCCAGGGUCCCCCGGAACCAGGGCUGGAAGAAGACGAGCAGGAAGCCUAUGAGGAGCCGGAUAGCGAGGAAGACUCUGAGUUCUAUGAAAAUGACUCCAACCCUGGGCAGGAGCAGCUCUCGCAGGAGGGUAGCGGCUAUGAGAACCCCCAGGAUGCGCCUGCACAUCCCAGGGAGGAGGACUCCUUUUCUAAUGCCGAAUCUUAUGAAAAUGCUGAUGAAGAGCUGGCCCAGCCAGUCACCAGGACGAUGGAUCUCCUGAGCCCCUAUGGGUCUGCCUGGGACCCCAGCCAGGAAGCAGCCUCUCUCGCAGGGUCUCAUUCCUAUGAGGAUAUGAGAGGGAUCUUGUACGCAGCCCCCCAGCUCCGCUCACUUCGUCCCGGUCCUGAUCGUGAAGAAGAUGCAGGGUCUUAUGAAAACAUGGAGAAGUCUGACGAACUGGAACCAGCAUGGGGAGGAGGGGGCUGCAGGGGGGCCUGGAGUACCAGGUGA